AUGGACAACGAUUGGUCACGUUGUCCAAUUUGUUUUGAAGAAUGGAAUAUGAUUCAUCGACCGACAACAUUUGUUUGUGGUCACACUGUCUGUAUUGAACACUUGACAUGUAGAGAACCAUUACGAGAAUGUCCUAUGUGUCGAGGCCGUUUACCAAUUCUGAAAGAUCAUCAAACAUGGCAUGUAUCAUAUGCACUCGAAGAGGCUGCACGAACUUUUCGGCGAAUGAAAGAUGCCACUGGUAAUUCAGCAGUUGAAACAAGUACAGGUAAACCGAUGCUUAAGUUGGCAAAUGAGAUAGAUACAGCUCGUGAAAGACUAAUAGCUGAUGAUGAAGCAUAUGCAAGAGAACUGGAACGAGCCGACAAAGAAUUAGUACAAUUAGAACAGCGACGCCGAAAACAAUCGCCGAAUCCUCAUUUGACUAAGCAACGAACAGAAAAUGCAAAAGGCUGUGGUCAUUCAUGUGAUUUGAUCACGACGCGGCAAUGCUGUGCUUGUUCAGAUCGACGACCUGUUUUACCAUAUUAUAAUGCCUACGUUGAUGGAGUAGGGAAUGUCUCCAGAGCCAGACGAAAUGAGUUUUAUUGUCCCUCAUGUAAAGUCCGAUAA